AUGCUGAUCGAUAUGGGGCUGCGGGUUAUUGCUCCAGAUUGUUUGGGAUAUGGAAGAACAGAUGCUCCAGAGGAUAUUUCGCUAUACUCUCACAAGCAGUGUGCCGAUGACAUCAAGGAGUUAGCAUUACAACUUGGCGCCGACAAGAUCAUCGUAGGAGGACAUGACUGGGGCGCUGCAUUUGCGUACCGAGUUGCCCUCUGGUAUCCAGACCUCGUUACUCAUCUGUUCACGGUCUGCGUACCGUAUAGCCCCCCGACUAAGAAGUACUAUCCUCUGGAGGAUUUUGUAGCAACGGUAGCGCCACAUUUUGCCUAUCAGUUGCAGCUAAAAAGCGGCGACUUGGAACCAGUUAUCCGCACAGAAGAUGAUAUCAAAAAGUUCCUCAGCGCAUUGUACGGCGGUCGUACUGAAAAGGGAGAAGUUGCCUUUGACGCAGGCUUGGGAAUACUCCUGGACAAAAUGUUCGAGGUGCAACCAUCGAAGCUGCUCAGUGAAGAGGGUGCUGAUAGCUGGGAACCUCAGGAACUUGAUUAUUAUGGCAAAGAGUUCUCGCGAACUGGCAUUCGGGGUCCACUUAACUGGUACCGGACGAGAGAAGUGAACCACAAAGAAGAACUAGCCAUCCUUGACAGGCGCAUCACCGCCCCAGUCCUCUUCAUCCAAGCACUCAGAGAUGCCGCUCUUCCGGCACACCUGGGCAAGGGUAUGACAAAGACCAUCCCUCAUUUGACCUACAAACAGGUCAAUACUUCUCACUGGGCUUUGUGGGAGAAACCUAAGGAGGUGAAUGAGAUGAUCGCUUGGUGGCUGGAAGAAGUGGUGUUCACUGAUCCUCGUUUGUUCAAGUUGUGA